CUCCUACUCCAAAUAUUCUCUCCGAUCCCACAAAAAAAUUUUUCUCUCCGACGAGGCGACGACGAAGAGCAGAGCCGGCGACCUCUCCGAAGAGUAGAGCCGGCCAUCUCUCCACCGCCUGCUCUCCAUGUCCAAAUCCACCCUGCCGCCGUCCCAAUCGACCUCUCCACCGCCUGCUCUCCCCUGAGUCUGAAUCAGAUCCAACGUCUCAACUCCCAUCCUGCGAAUCGACCCUCCUCCAGCGCCGGUGAAAUCUCCGCCGCCUGGCUCUUCUAGAACCCAUCCUGCGAAUCGAACCCUCCACCAGCGCCGACGAAAUCUCCACUGCUUGGCUCUUCCAUUUGAGAACCCAUCUGCGAAAUCGACCCUUCUGCAGAUAAUGAAGAUGGCUCCUCCUGCGGAUCGAGAUGACUAUGGAGUUUGGCCUUGAUUUUCCCUCCAAGCGCCUAAGAGUCGGUGCUCUCCCCCACAACCCACAAAAACAAAACAAACAAGAAGAAGAAGAUAUUCUGUAACUCUGUUCACCAUCCAUCAUCAAACCAGAGGUCAUCAUUUGCUCCGAGAGUGAAAAAGAUGUCAACACAAGAAAGAAAUACUGUGGACGUUGGUGAUGGUAGGGAUGGUAGUGAUGGUGGUGAUGAUGAUGUAGCAACGAUGUCUACAUCUACAGAUCAUACAAGUGGUUAUAAAACGCGAAAAGAACUUCCAAGGUGUGGGAAGAUUUCGAUUUUAUUUCCGCAAAUCACUUUCCCGACAAGGUACCAAGAGCACAAUGCAAGAAUUGUCCAAAGAGUUAUGUGGCUGGUAAAGCUAUAUGGGCAAGCUGUUGCUAAAACAAAAUGUCUUGAGCUUCGAGGAAAGAUAUGUGAUCUAUUGAAGGAGUACAAUGACUCUACCGAUCAAUCAUCAUCACUUGAUGAGUCUAUUGCUGAAGAUAUAGGCUAUGAAGAUGAUAUGGAUGAGUUCGAUUCGUUUGGGGAAAGUCAAUUCUUGAGUGAUAGGACACAAUUAGAUGAAUAUUUGGAUUGUAAAAGGCUCAAUCGCAAACAACCGUUGGAUGUUCUUUUAUGGUGGAAAACGAAUGAAUCUCGAUUCCCAGAGCUUGCUUGUGUGGCUAGAGAUGUUUUGAGCAUUCCUAUCACUACUGUAGCUUCAGAGUCGGCCUUCAGUAUGGGAGGUAGAGUUCUAAGCAACUUGCGAAGCUCUCUUUUGCCUGAAAAUGCCGAAGCUUUGAUUACCACACGCAAUUGGCUAUAUGGAUUUCCAAGUGAUGAUCGUGAUAAUGGGCUCGAGGUGGAAAUUUCAAAGGCGGUCGGAACAUCCUCAAUGACUUCUAGCUCUACUCCUGUGUGAAAUUUUGAUAUAUUGUGUUUCAUGUACUAGACUCCAAGACAGUUUAAUUGGGUCAAGCUCUGAAGUAUAAACCCCCUAAACUUGCUAUGAUG